UUUUCUCUUUCCUCCUUUCUCCCACCCAUCCUGCCAUCAUCCUUUCUCCCUCAUCACCAUGCUGCUCCCACUCGUAGCGCUGCUUGCGCUGCUGCGGCUUCGCGCCUGCGUGGCAGAAAUUGCCAACUACAACGCGGACCUGGUGGGCACCUGGACGUCCAAGUCCGAGACUGUAUUCACCGGACCAUCGUUCUUCGACCCCACCAACGAGGACUUCUACGAGCCCGACCUGCCGGGCAUCAGCUACAGCUUCACGGAGGACGGCCACUAUGAGGAGGCGAUCUACGUCGUCACGGCGAAUGCUUCGACGCCCUCGUGCCCGACCGGUGUGCUCCAGUUCCAGCACGGCACCUACGCCAUCAGCGACAGCGGCAACAUGACGCUCACUCCGUACUACGACGACGGUCGCCAGCUGCUCAGCGAUCCCUGCUCGGACUCGCAGUACUCGACGUACACCGAGUACAGCCAGACCGAGGUGAUGUCCGAGUUCUAUGUCGCCAUGGACACCUACCACGGCCGCUACAAGCUGCAGCUGUACCAGUGGGAUGGAACACCAAUGCAACCCAUGUACCUCGCUUACCGCCCUCCCAUGAUGCUGCCUACUCAGCACUUCUCCACCACCUCGAACAAGAAGCGCAAAUGGCCCGUCGAGGGCCCGUCGCAGUGGGCUCUGUUCGUCCAAAAACACAGCAAGGGCAUCCGCUGGCUGGGCCUCGGAUUCAUCGCCUUCGGCAGUGUCGGCUUCCUGCUGGUCUCUUAAACACGCACACACACACACACACAUCGGGCGGAGGCCGGCAGCGAGGCCUCCAGGGAGAUGCGAGCGCGAGCGAGUCGGAAUGAAACCGCGUAAAAAUGGGUAACGCGGGCGAGUGAGAACUAAAAAACUGCCAUGCGCCUCUCUCGCUCUCCUUGGGACUCCCUCUUUUUCGCUGUUGCCCCGCAAAUUUAACCCUAACCUAUCCACCCGCAGUCACACACCAACACAUUGGC